UGCAGGUUAGCUCUCUUGCCACCUCCUUCAGGGAGCAGAGUCCCUGGCCUGACUGUGGAUCCAGUCGGGUUGGGUAGGUCCAGCCAUGGUUGCUCUGGGCUUGGGGGUCGCCCAGGGUCCUGGAUGCCGUGCAGGACUCUGAAAGGGACACCGAAAUAGACACCUAGUUCCGGAGAGGUCAGAACGCGAGAGGCGGACAACAGUCGGAAGAGCAUGCCUGGUACCACCACGAGACCCGGGCUGUCGCCAGGGGGGCCACGGUCCCCGCUUCUGCUGCGGCUGCUGCUGCUCGCUAGCGCAGCGUACACCGGUGGAUCUCUGCCCCGAUUGUGUGAUGUGCGGCGAGUGCUGCUGGAGGAACAGGCCCAGUGCCUGCAGGAACUCUCCAAAGAGAAGAAAGGAGAUCUGGGCCUGGAGACAAUAUCAGGCUGUGAGGGGCUUUGGGACAACAUGAGCUGCUGGCCCUCCUCAGCACACGCACGGACGGUGGAAGUGCCAUGUCCGAAGUUCCUCCAGAUGCUCACAAGCAAAAAUGGCUCUCUGUUCCGGAACUGCACACAGGAUGGCUGGUCAGAAACUUUCCCCAGGCCUGACCUGGCCUGUGGGCUCAACAUGAAUGUCUCUUCUAAUGAGAAGCGGCAUGCGUACCUGCUGAAGCUCAAGGUCAUGUACACUGUAGGCUACAGCUCCUCCUUGGCCAUGCUCCUGGUCGCCCUCAGCAUCCUGUGCUCUUUCCGGAGGCUGCGCUGCACCCGCAACUACAUCCACAUGCACCUGUUCGUGUCCUUCAUCCUGCGCGCCCUGUCCAACUUCAUCAAGGAUGCUGUACUCUUCCCCUCCGACGACGUCACCUACUGUGAUGCCCACAGGGUGGGCUGCAAGCUGGUCAUGGUCUUCUUCCAGUACUGCAUCAUGGCCAACUAUGCAUGGCUGCUGGUGGAGGGCCUCUACCUUCACACACUCCUUGCCAUCUCCUUCUUCUCAGAAUGGAAGUGCCUGCAGGCGUUUGUGCUCCUCGGCUGGGGUUCUCCAGCCAUUUUUGUGGCUUCAUGGGCUAUCACCAGACUCUUUCUUGAAGACACUGGAUGCUGGGACAUCAACGCCAACACUUCCAUCUGGUGGGUCAUUCGAGGGCCUGUGAUUGUGUCCAUCCUGAUCAAUUUCAUCUUUUUUAUAAACAUUCUAAGAAUCCUGAUGAGAAAACUUAGAACCCAAGAAACAAGAGGAAAUGAAACAAACAAUUAUAAGCGCCUGGCCAAGUCCACCCUCCUGCUGAUCCCCCUGUUCGGCAUUCACUACAUCGUCUUUGCCUUCUCCCCCGAGGACGCCAUGGAGGUCCAGCUGUUCUUUGAACUGGCCCUGGGCUCCUUCCAGGGACUGGUGGUAGCCAUCCUUUACUGCUUCCUCAAUGGUGAGCGAUUGCUGCAGCUGAUGGCCGGCCUUGGGCAGGUGCAGCUCGAAGUUCAGAAAAAAUGGCGCCAGUGGCACCUCCAAGAGUUCCCGUUGCGCCCUGUGGCCCUCAACAACUCCUUCAGCAAUGCCACCAGUGGCCCUACCCACAGCACGAAGGCCAGCACCUCAGAGCCGAGCCGGAGCACCGCCAGGGCCAGCAUCAUCUGAGGAUGCAAGACCUUCAGUGGACAAAGAGAUGGACGUUUGGUAGGAUGGUCGCCUGCCCAGCAGCCAUAUUGUGCUGAGUGGCUGAACAGGCUUGCCCUCCAGGUCUGUGCUUCCUCAGACCUAAGCAAGGGGACAUUGGGUCAUCAUGGAGCAAGAAACAGGCAGGUCAUCUGAGCUUUCUUACUCUUCAGAGAAGAGCAAUUCAGCAGCUACAGAAGGGGCAGGGGAAUAAAAUGACAUCCAGAAAAUCUUUGUCUGUCAAUCCUUGCCACCUAGGGAGGAAGGUAUCACUUCC